GGUGAUGCGGUUCAGUGUUCCACGGUUUUUUCACGCGCAGAGAAAAGAUCCUGACGCUCGGCGGGUGGAGACUGCUACACAUUUAAAUCCCCCGGGUGGAUUUUCCAGCUUUUUACCAACAAAAUACCCUUUUUCAUUUUCUUUCUACCGUCGGGUUCGUUUAGAGUUGCUUUAAUGUCGUAAAUGACGGGUCUGUAGGGGCGUCGUUGUUGGGAAGUUUUUUUGCGGGGGGGUUGUGACUAGCGCAGGGCCAUGGCAGUCGAGGCUCGGCCGGAGCUGGUUGGAAAGCGGUUCCUCUGUGUCAGCGGGGACGCGCCGCCUGAAAUGGCUGAAAUAGGCCGGUGGUCGUGGCGAUCCGGAGUCAUACGAGCCGUGAACCACCGUGACAACGACAAUUCCGACUUGACGGUGUACGUGGAGUUUGACGACCAGGAAUGGGAGAAGAGGGAGUGGGUCAAAGUGUACGAGGACUUCCAGCUGUUUCUCCUGGAGCACCAGCUGGUCUGGGCCAAGAGGAAGGAUGCCAGGAUGGGCCCAGGGAGCGGAGGGGCCACGGGAAGCCUCCUGCAGGGGACCAAGGCCAAGCACAUCCAGUGGCCUGCGCUGUCCUUCAAACCCGUGGUGGGGAAGAGCCUGCUGUCAUCCAUCACUGCUGUGGAGUUCCUCUUGGACAGACAGCUCGACUUCCUGCCAGAGCACACCACCCUACAGCCCUACCAGGAUGAGGUGGACAGCCAGAGCCCAGUCUUAAGAGACCACCCACAGCUCCAUGAAGAGGUUAAGAGCUGGCUCAAGGACCAGAAGGUUCAAGAAAUUUUUAUGCAAGGUCCAUAUUCUCUGAAUGGCUACCGCGUACGUGUGUAUAGACAGGACUCGGCCACCCAGUGGUUCACUGGCAUCAUUACACACCACGACCUGUUCAGUCGCAAUAUGGUCGUUAUGAACGACCAGGUGCUAGAGCCUCAGAACGUUGACCCAUCUAUGCUCCAGAUGACCUUUCUAGAUGAUGUUGUCCAUUCGCUGCUGAAAGGAGAAAAUAUUGGUAUCCAAUCGAGAAGAAGGUCACGCUCAAGCCAGAACAACAACAACUCUGCUCAUAUGGCAGGAGGGAGACCCAGCGGGACCACUGGCACUACUCAGAGUCAUUAUACCAGAGCUCAGGCCAAUAGCCCCCGGCCCAUUAUGACCUCAUCAGGAAACACUAAAGGUUCCCAAGGCUCUGUGGGGUCCCUGCAGCAGAGCCAGCAGCAGGCCAGCCACUCGCCCAACAGCGGCACACGGGACCCAAAAGAACCUCGUUCUGCCCGCUCGUCCAGGAGGAAAGGCUCUGACAGCAGUGUCCCAGAAGAGGACAAAGAUACUCUGGCACGAGACUCAAAGUCAAAGGCCAAGCUGGCGAUAAACAAACGUAGAAAUGGAGAUGAGGAUGAGAAAAAGACGGGACCUAAGAGACUUAAGACUGAAAUUACGUCGGACCUAUCAGAAAGCAGUGACUCUGAGAACCCUCACAAAAGGACCGCCCACUCCUCCUGUUCCUCUUCAUCAUCAUCUUCUUCGUCAUCAUCCUCCUCUUCCUCCUCCUCCUCUGAAACCAACUCUGAGAAUGAGCUAAAGACUCGAAACAGUGAUGUUAAAGUAAAUGUUUCUAAAAUGGUGGAUGAUGAGAAACCACUUAUCCAGGGAUGCAAAAGUAACUCCUCGUCACUAAUUGGUCGCCGCUCCCCAUGGGCGGAACUUCAGUCAUCAGAAGAUGGCAAAAAGGGAGUUCUUAAGGAAACAAAUAAGAUCAUAUCUAAAGAAGAGGAGGAAUUGGUGGCAGUAACACAGAUCACCCAGUCUCCACAGGGGCUGCCCCAGGCCAGCCUUCACAACAGCAGCAGUGUGAUUGACAUCACAGAUGACGCCCAGGCCACAGUAGAUCAGGAGAGCUCUGAGGCUGUGUCUGCUCUCCUGGCCUCUCAAAAGGCGGAGUCUACGUCCUUGUCUCCAUACCUUCCCUUGAACCCCUCGCCAGUUUGCUCACCCCCAGUGCCCCCCUCACCAUCAGAGAGCCGCAGAGAGCCCGAGCCUGCCCCACAGUCCCACGGCAUUCUUGGAGGGGCCAUCGCAGUCCCUAAAAGUUCAAGCAAAACUGAGAUGCCCCAAUCUGAGGUGAUCAGAGCGGUCACGUCCAUAUCAGAAACUGUGGAGAAGCCAGCUCUUCCUCAUUUAGUUCAGCCGACACCCUACAGCCACAUACAUCCAGGAAUCAGGAGUCCUCCUCCAUCGGUCGAAGAUAGUCGGAGAAACCAUCUCCAGCCAAUUCACCCGCACCAGAGCCUCAGCCCAGACAAAAAGAGCCCCAGUCCCAAACCUGCACCCCCUGAAGCUCCCAAAGUCAAACCACAGCACCCCUCACAUCCUCAGGGCCACCCCCAGAGCCACCCCCACCCUCACAUGUACCCCCCAACAGGCCCAGAGCAUCCCAGGGCCAAGCCCUCCCCAGGACUGUUGGACAUCUCCAAACCUAAACCAAACACCUCUCCAGAGGUGUCUAAACAUAAAAUGCAGCGAUACAUGGACAACUCUCCUUCCCCUGUAGGUCGUCUUUCCUCCAAAAUGGACUCGGGAGACACGCCCCGCUCCAGUUUUAAGCCGGUUCAGUCUCGUUCAGAAUCUGCUGGUCGUUGCACCCCCACCACCACCAAGAGCCCUCUGAUCAUUGAUAAGAACGAGACUUUCACCGUUUAUAGGGACCCUGCACUUGUUCGUUCCGAUGCCGACAACACUCCCUCGGUCUCCACUAAUCAUGUAGCGGCAUACCUGCACCCCCAUCUCCAUGCCCUCCCUUCGCCACAUUCACCCUGCCUUACGCCCACCCCACACCUCCUGGCUUCCCCACACAGCUCAGGCCUACCUCACCCACACCUCUUACCUCCAGGGGUACUCCCAGCCAUGGCCUCACCAUCAGCCUCUCUCCUUGGGGGCCCUCCUCGGCUGGACUCGCCCGGUGCUCUGGGUCACCUUACCCUGACACACCAGCAGCAGUUCCUUCAGGGACAAGGUCCUCCACCCCCUCUCAUGGCUCAGGCGCACAGUGGCGCGGCAGGGUUGGGUCUGUACCCAAUCCUCUGGCAGUACCCCAAUGGAACACCUACAUCUUACCCCCCUGGCCUCAACCUGACCCCCGCAGCCAAGUGGGUCCACCAUGACAACCCUGUCCCAGUGAGCUCUGAGGCUGCACUCAGAAGGAACACUGCCAGUCCAUGGCUGCACCAGGCCGGAGCCGGCACAGAUGCUUUGAGUUUGCUGAGUCAUGUUCCAGUCCGACCGGCCAGUGCUGACGCUCACCGCCCAAUCAAGAUCACAUCACACACCAGCCCACCUCUGUCCAAAACUUGUGUGGACAUCCAUAAAGAUGAUUCUGAUAAGAAGAGCUUCAUGGAGCCCAUCAGGACGAUGACCCUGGCCCAGUUAAAACAGGAGCAGAACGACAGGAGCCGGACCCCCACAGGAAAAGACCACCUCCACCGCUUUUACCCUGACCACAGCAAAGGCCGGCUUGGCAGUCAGGAGAUUAUUCACGUGACAGACCGGGCCAUUAAAUAUAAGGAGGAGAAUCGUCAGAUCCUAAAGGAGAGUAUUGAAGUGGCACCUUUCACAGCAAAGAUCCAGCGGUCUAGUGAGCAAAGCCUGGACCGGGACAGAGACCACACUCGUGAACCUGCCUUCUCUCCCCGGAUCCCCACUCUGCCUUCCCCCAGUCACAAAUCUGCCCACACACACCCCCAUGUCAUCCAAGAGAAAAGUAACUACUUUACUACCCUGUCCAACAGUGUAGUAAACGAGCCCCCAAGACUUUAUCCGUCUAAGGACAGUGCGUUCUAUGACAAAGUGUGUGUGGGAGCGUCAGGGGUGGUGGCGAGUGUUGGUGCAGCUGUUCCCAGCCCGGGAGUGUUGUCGCUGGGAGGCUACAGCUCUAAAGGCUCUCUGUCCAAACCUCCUCCUCUCAUUAAGCACCAGCCCGAAGGAGGAGAGGGCCUGGCUGGUAAGAUCACGGAGCAGCUGAGCCAGCAGGUGGCGCUAGUGCAGCCUCACCACCUGCUUCACACAGGGUUAGACAGGAUGGAGCGCCACAGCCCUGUCAUCUCUCCACUGUCCUCCUCGUCAACCCCGGGCUCGCAACAGAUCAGGGCCAUGCCCUCUCUGCACCGAGCCCCUGUCUUCCACCCCCCCACACAGCACUCUUUGGAACGAAAAGAACCUGAAAGAGAGCGAGUGGUUUACGGUGGACGUCUAUCUCCUCCCACUCUGACCCCCAUUCAGCCCGUCAGUUUGCCAUCAGGGGGCAGUAAGAGCUCCGUGGAGCAGCAGAAACCCCCCACCCUGCUGCCUGAACUCAGGGACCUUAAAGCUCACGGAGCGGUCACUCACAACACGUCCAUGGGCCCCACCAGCAGAGCAGAGGUGAGCCCAGGGGACGCAUGGAGGAGCAGAGACAUCAUUCAGGAAAAAGGAGGAGUGAGGUGUAAGCCUCAGGCUGCAACAGCAUCUGUCAUUGUACGCUCCUCAACAUCUGUCAAAUAUGACAGUUCUUUUGGUGCUAACAAAUCUGGUGCUCUAAUCCCAAAGGAGUCCCCCCAGGGAAGAUUUUACCCAGCAAAGCCCCAAGGAGAGAGCCUAAGGCCGGGUGAUGGUGCUAAAGACACUGGGCUCAGCUUAGUUAUCCAGUCAAACUCUAUCUUGUGUGACUCGGGGGUCCAGUAUAAAAAAGUAAAUGAGAGUGUCAAAAGCACCUCCUCUGUUUGUAGGACUGCUGUGUCAGUCGCCCAGGACUCUGAAUAUUGUCACUCCCCGAGAGGUGUCAUUGGCACAGGACAGGUUCACCAUGGAGAGAACCAUGAGCAGCGGUCUACCUCCUCUCCUGGAGGCACAGCUGCAGGGUCUCCUCAGCUCAGCCCCUCUGGCUCUGUGUCAGGUGGUAGUCAGCUAUACCACUCCUCAUUUGUCCACCUGAAAAAGCACAAAGCUGCAUGGGCAGCAGCACAAUCACGGACCUCUGUCUCUUGCUCAGAAGUGGUGGAGAAAAUUUCCACUCAACCCUCGCCCCCUCCAGCUCGUAUGAGCCAACCCUCACCUUCUUUUGACAGUAGCAGCAACAGUUCAGCAAGUGGGUCCACAACACCCAACAAAUCCAGCCCUGUUCCUAAUGGUCAGCCAUCUACUUCAGCCACAUGUUCUGUACAAUCAAACAACUACCACAAGCUGAAGAAAGCCUGGCUAACACGGCACUCGGAGGAGGACAGGAGCACCAGCAGUCCUUCUGGCCCUCCAGUGGUCAAACCUGAGAAGGCAGCCCUCACUAUCACCUGCAGCACAGCCACAUCCAACAGCACUACAGCCAUGUCUGACAUGAUCAAACCAUGCACCGUCAACCUCAGUGCCUCCACCUCCAGUGAGGUGGACGUCAGCAAGGACAGUGGCAGCAGGGUUCAGUCUGAGGACAAGUCAGAGGACAGGAGAACUCCAUCCUCCAGACGAGGACCUAAACGGCCUUAUGAGUCCGGCUCUGAAAGUGGAGCCGAUGACUCGGACACAAGUGAGAGCAAGAUCGAGGGUCGUGCCAAACGCCAGCCCAAGCCCACCUACAAGAAGAAGCAGAAUGACAUGGCCAAGAGGAGAGGGGACGACAAGGAGGAGGAUGACCUCAAACCCAAUGGCAUUUUCCGUUCUGCACGUGAGAAGACCAAACUAAAACUGGCCAGCAGCAAUGGGAUUCCACGCUCCGUGUUGAAGGACUGGAGAAAGGUAAAGAAGCUAAAGCAGACAGGAGAGUCUUUUCUUCAAGACGACUCAUGUGCCGAGAUUGGACCCAACCUCCAGAAAUGUCGGGAGUGCAGGGUCAUCCGCUCCAAGAAAGGAGAGGAGCCAGCACACUCUCCUGUCUUCUGCCGCUUCUACUAUUUCAGACGGCUUACCUACACUAAAAACGGAGUGAUUCGGGUGGAUGGCUUCUCCUCUCCAGACCAGUUUGAUGAUGAGGCUCUCUCUCUAUGGGCCCCAAAAGCUGCAGAAGACAGUCACCUGAACCAAAAUAUUGCCAAGUACAUUCUCAGCUUCAUAGGUGACAAGUUUUGCCAAAUGGUUUCAAUUGAGAACACUGCAUCAUCCUGGAUUAAGAAGGACGCCAAGUUGGCAUGGAAACGUGCAGUUAGAGGAGUGAGGGAAAUGUGUGAUGCCUGUGAAGCUACUCUCUUCAAUAUCCACUGGGUGUGUCAGAAGUGUGGCUUUGUGGUCUGCCUGGACUGUUUCAAGGCCAAAGAGAAGAAGAGCUCCAAAGACAAAGAACUGUACGGCUGGCUGAAAUGUGUGAAAGGCCAACCCCAUGAUCACAAACACCUGAUGCCCACACAGAUCAUCCCAGGCACAGUGCUGACAGAUCUAGUGACAUCUAUGCAUGCCGUUAGAGAGAAGCUGAACAUCAAAGCUCACUGUCCCUGUGUGGCCAACAAGCAGAAUCUCCUCAAUAAACUCCCUAAUACAAAUGGAGUGUCCCAGGUUCUGCAGAAUGUCCUCAAUCACAGUAACAAGCUGUCUGUGGUCAAAGCUGAGUCCACUGGUCUACAGCAAAAGUCGGACCAGGCCGGGACCAAAGCAGAGACCAAUGGAGGAGGAAGCAGCCCGGCCAGUGACGCAGGCAGUGGUCUGGCCACACCCCCAGAGUCUCAGUCUCCUCUGCACUUUCUGGCCAAUCUGGCUGAACAGAAGUCCAAAGAGGAGAAGAAAGAAAAUAAGGAGUCGUUGUUGGGUAAAUCUGUGAAGGAGGAGAAGGAGGGGGACCUGGAGCUGCUUCAGCACUGUAAAGGCAACUCUCUAGUGGCCAACAGCACAGAGCAGGGCUCCACUCUGAGGGACCUCCUUACCACUACUGCAGGGAAACUCAAGCUGGGAUCCACUGAUGCUGGGAUUGCCUUUGCACCAGUCUACUCUACAGCCUCACAGACUGGGAAAGGAGGAAGAACUAUGCCCAAUAUCCUUGAUGAUAUCAUUGCCUCAGUAGUGGAGAAUAAAAUCCCCGCCAGUCGUCAAAAUCUCACAUCUAAACUGUCCCUCAAACAAGAGUCUGUUAUAAUGAACAACAACAGCAGCCCCAGCCCUGGAGCUCCAGAUGACACCAAAACAGAAAAGAAAAAAACGGUUGCACCAACAGACGAAUCCACCAACCAAUAUCCAGACAUUCCCCAUAGCUGGUUAAAUAACAAGCGGCUACUGUGGCUCAAAGACCACCGCAACCAGAACAAUUGUAAGCUGUUCAGAGAGAGCUGGAGGCAGGGGCAGCCCGUGUUGGUGUCUGGGAUCCACAAGCGUCUCAACGCCAGUAUGUGGAAGGCAGAUUCUUUCAACCAGGAGUUUGCUGACCACCAAGGAGAUCUCCUCAAUUGCAAGGACCAGGUGGUGUCCAACUCGGGAAUCAAGGAGUUCUGGGAUGGAUUUGAAGACAUCACCAAGCGACCCUAAGUCCAAGGAUGAGACCCAAUGGUGUACAGGCUGAAGCGACUGGCCUUCAGGCGAGGCGUUCAUGCUCCUCAUGCCCUCGCAG